AUGCUCGCAUCAUCCGCCUCGAAGGGGAACCGCGGACGUCGCAACUGCCUGGAGCAGGCUUGGCACUACUUAAACACGGCGUUUGGCUCCACAGAGGGCCUCAAGGUGCUCCUGUGCGAUGAUGCGGCUUGUGAAAUCCUUUCCGUUGCCUACUCUCAGCACCAGCUUCUGCAGCACAAUGUCGUGCUAGUUGACAUGCUGGCGAACCAGGAGCGCUAUCCUAUGAAGCACUUUUCCUGCGUGAUUGUGUGCCGCCCCUCGGCGGCAUCGUUGGCAUCUGUGUAUCAGGAGCUGGCAGAGGGCAACUUCGCUUCCUAUGAUAUUUACUUUACCUACAUGCUGGACUCCACGCUGGUGCAGUCCUUGGCGAAUGCUGAUGUGCUUAAUCUCGUGUCGCACGUUGGGGAGCUGUACAUCAACUCCAUUCCUGUAACGGAGUGGGUGUGUCUGAUGCAGCUGAAGCCGUCGCCGCUGUCCAAAGGCCCAAGCUUGGCCACGAAUCCCAUCACGUACAGUCAGUGGGACCCCAACUCGCUUGAGCGCAUGUCGGAGGGCAUCAUAAGCAUGCUGCUGUCGACGAAUCGCCGGCCGAUCAUUCGGCACCGCGAGGGCAGCAAGGCUUCCGAGAAGCUCGCGGUGGAGGUAGCGGCUCGCAUGAAGAGCGUCCAUGCCACAUUUCCAGACCUCAAGGCCACCGAGAGCGUGCUGGUGAUAUUGGACCGCAAGGAUGACCCCAUUACUCCGCUGUUGAUGCCAUGGACGUACGAGGCAAUGAUUCACGAGCUGAUUGGCUUUCAGCGCGGCAACGAAGUCGCCAUCGACGACCCAGAUGCGAAGCCGGAGGACCGCGUGCACGUCGUCACACCGCAGACGGACGCCUUUUUUGGAAAGCACCGCUACAGUGACUGGGGCCAGGUUUGUGUGGCAGUGAGUGAGAUGGUAAAGACGUACAAGGAGAUGAACAAAUUCGACCGCAACACCGUUUCCUUGGAUGAAAUUCGAAAUUUCAUGAACCGCUUCCCUGAAGCUCGCAAGCAGUCGGCACAGGUGACCCGACACUGCGCCAUCACGAGCGAGCUGGUCGCUGAGAUCAAUGGUCGCAACCUCACGCGGCUCUCCGUACUCGAGCAGGACAUCAUUUCCAACAACAAUGUGACGGAGCACAGCCGCCUCGUGCUGGAGGUGGUACAAGAUCCCAAAACAGAUGUCGACGACGCGCUGCGCAUUGUGAUGCUGUACCAGCUGCACUACGAGAAGGCGGCCGGCAACAUCAUCAUGCAGCUGAAGCAGGAGCUCCUGCAGCGCCAAUGCCCACAGGAGAGGGUCCAGUUGAUUGACCGCCUCAUCGAGUAUGCUGGGCAGGACCAACGGUGCCACGAGAUCUUCCGGUCUUCCACAGGGCAUAUGUUUAAGGCGGUUGCGAAGGCGGUUGGCCAGUUCGGAAAGGACGUACAGAACGUUCUCACGCAGCACGUACCGCUAGUCAAAAAGCUAAUCAACCGAGUCUACAACGGUACACUGUCGGUGGACAAGUAUCCAGUGAGGGAUGUGCUGGGGUGUCCUAUCCCCAUUGACCAGGCCGCGUUUGUGCGCGCCAAAGACAUUAUCGUUGUGUACGUCGGUGGUUACACUUUUUCUGAGGCGAUGCUGCUGGCGCAGAUCAACGAAGGCAACGUAGACAACAACCAGGAGGCGCUAAUGAACUUCGGCAAGCAGGUGACGCGUAAGCUCGGCAGCGACGGCCUCACGGGAACAUCGACGGAGCCGCACACCGCUAAGAUUGAGGCUCAUGUCUCCCUCAUCACGACGUCGAUGCUGAGCAGCAAGGAUUUCAUUCAGUCGUUGCCCUCGUAG